CUCUCGGCGACGCGUCCGAUGACGAGGCUCGCGUGGAACGGGAAGCCGACCAGCGGCAAGAUCCACGAGGCAUGGCUCCCAUCGUUACUUGGGCGUGGGAGGUGGCGCGGAAACGGGCGACUGCACUGGACUGGUUGCGCGGCGACUCGGGGGCGCAGCUUUGCGCGCAGGUGGUAGUGUUGAAGAUGAUUGUCUCUGCCAUCCAGAACGCGCAGUCCGAAGAGCUGUGGAUCGGGCCCAAGAGAUGGGAGCGCAAGCAGAACGCUACUGCUGCGCGGCGCUUCGCGCCGGGCGACGACGGCUCCCUGCUCAGGGAUAAUGGCGUUUUGAUCCACGCUCGGGGCCAGAUCGAGCACAAGGCUUGCGUGCGCAUGCACGCGCUUUUCUACGGCAGCAGGUUGUGGCGUUUGCUGCGCGAGCCAGAGGUGAACAACCAGUUGAAGGCCGACGUGUUCACAGGCGUGUCGGCAGCGGGUGCAUUUGCGCAGAAGCUCAUUGCAUCGCCGCACGGCAAGGCGCCCUUCAGGCUGUUCCUCGUUUUAGUCCAGCCCGAGCUUGCGGCGGAUAUUCAAGCCACCCCUGGAUGCAUGCUUCAUUCGUGGUCUGCCAAGUUCCUGCAGAAUUAUGAUCUCACCACCGAGGAUGCGAGGAUGAAGCUGUUGGUUCAUGCCAUGAUGAUCUACGCGAAUACGGACCGCUUGGGAGUGUCGAACAGUCACAUACGGCGCAUGGUAUCACAACAAGUGCAGUGCCCACAGCCCGACGCCGCGGACAUCAGCACCCGACGGGUUGCGUCGACAGUUCGAGCUCAUAGCUUUGACGCUUCUCCAGCUCCUGGAGCACGCGGGCGCGUGGACGGCGGCGAUGGCGACGAUGCGCACCAGGGUCCAUUGCGAGGUGGCGGCGGAGGAGCGUGGAGGGCGUUUGUUCGACAUCGGGGCUCCCGAGACUUGGCGGGGACUGGCAGGCUGUGCAGGGCGCUCAAGGACACCGUGGGAUCGGAGCUGUUGCAGGAGUGCGUGCGCCUCGGCCAGUUGGCGACGCAGGCCAGUAGAGAGGGUCGCCAUGGGAACUCGUUCGGGCCAUCUCGCAAGGACGUGGAGCGGGCAACGUCCAAGCUUAGUUUGCAGCAGAGGAUGUCGGCCAACCCCGACGCUGGCGUCAAUCAAGCCGUGGACAAGCUACUAUCUGACGCUCAUCUGCAUUACUCUUCGACCGAGGAGACGCUCGCCACGGCCAAGAAGAUUAGGCAGACCGCGAACUCCGCGAGGCGCGACGCCGAGAGGAAAGACGAGGAGGCGGUCGCCAACUUCGGACGCGCGCACACCGACGGCUGGGCGCAGGACCUCUCAGCAGGCAGUGACGGCUUUCGGCGGGCGCUUGGCGUCCAAGCGGUCCCUGGUCCUGCUGGCGGUGUCCGUGUUCUUGAGUGCGACAGUGCAGCGUCGUCUGGCGACGCCACCAGCAAGGUUGGGUAUUCGAGGAGUACCGGUGGCAAGCAGGCGAACCUGAUGAAGGGCAUCUCUGGCCACUGGGACUACUUGCACAGGGGCAUGGCCGACGAGAAAGAAGAUGAGCACGAGUCGUCGGACGAGGAUCCAGAGAGUAAGCAUGGCAAGUGCUGGGCAAUCGGAAACGUGUAUGUGUGGAGCACGCGGCAGCUGAAAGACGGCGAGGUGUUCGUGCGACUCGAAUGCGCGCCCUUGCAAGAUGAUGGCGACGGGGCACUGGCAGGGUUUUCGGGCUACGACGAUGACAUCCGCUGGUGGCGCAUGUCGCAUAUGAACUUGACCCCCUUCUCACCGAUGGCGCAGCAGAUGUUCAUAGCCGAGGGCGACGAGGCCAUGACGGCCAACCCGCAGGGGAAUGAUAUUGCGUUGAAGGCGUCGAGCGGGUGGCUGUCCUUAGAGAAGUGGGCUUCGACAUUUGAUCCCGGGCGGAAGUGGAGUGCGAGUUUCUACCUGUUGCGCAGGCGCAAGCGGCCCCUCUCGAUCUUUGUGCCUGGCGCUGUGCUCGUGGAGGAGGCCUUCGCCGAUGUGAACACGUUCGAUGCGUGGCCGCCCAAACCCCGCAGGCCUGGUGGAAUGGGCCGCGGCGGGGCCGAGGCCGCGGCGAUGGUGGAGCCGCGGGCGACAGAGGACGGACAGCUGGGCGACGCCGACGGCGUGGGCGCGGCGACGACGACGGCGGCGCUGCUGGCGGCAGAGGACGGGCAGCUGGACGAGGCCGAGGGCGAGGUCGUGGACGUGGGCGGCGAGAUCGUGGGCGUGGGCGGCGACGACGUGGACACGGGCGGCGAGGUCGUGGACCUGGGCGGCGAGGUCGUGGGCGUGGGCGGCGACGGCGUGGACAUGAGCGGCGGGGUCGUGGAUCCUGAGCGCGACGAGGCUGAAGACCUGAGCGACGAGA